AUGUACAGCCCUCGGUUCAUCGGUGAGCUCUUCCGAAGCCAAGAGAUGUACUCGGUCGAGGCGACCCGCCAGAUCUUCGACCGGCUCGCGCACUCAUCCAUCAUGCGUCUCAACAAAGCUUCGAUGGACAAGCUCUUCGACCUCAUGACGAUGGGGUUCAAGUACCAAAUGCUGGCGUGCCGCUAUCCGCAGGCACUUGAGCCCUCGCACGCCACGCGUGCGGCGUCCUCACACAGCCCACCGACACCCGGGCGCGACGCUCGGCAGGAGCUGGUGCUGGUAACUCUGAACCAUCUGCACGAGAUUCGCAAGAAAGUUCUCCGAUCCGAGGCGUCUCUGUGCGGCUUCUUCGGCGGCAAGUUGGUCAAGGUGUCGCUCUUCCUGCAGGAGGGGAUCCAGACCGCGGACGGCACAAUUGUCAUCUCGCCGAGCGGGCCUCUCCCGCCCUCAGUCGAUACGCCAGGGACCAUAACCUACUUGGACGCCUCGGGCGCGGUGAGCGCGUGCGAAAGCUUCCCGUACCCGGCAAACACGCUGCCAGCGCACAGCCCUGCAGAUGAGCUGGCGUCGUGCCGGCUCGGACUGAACAAGUAUGCCACCCACGACAAGGGCGAAUCCCCCAACCGCGACAUCUUGCGCAGCAGCAGCGCGGCAAAGUCGACAAAAGAGCUCAACCUGCUCGCCGAGCUCCUCGUCGGUGGCGGUGGCCCGACGGAUUCCUUCAAGCUGAACCUCUUCCCCGAGUCCGGCGCGGGCUCCUUCGACAGCGGCGGCAGCACGACCAUCACCAUCGACCUCGACGGCCAAGCCUCCGAUGCGAGCGGGCUGGCCGGCAUCGUGGCGGACUUGAAGGUCCAUGCGCCGGCGGAGGCGGAUAACGGAGGCGAGCUCCUUGCCGCACUCGCCGCGCUCGCCGCAUCUGCCCCAGCGGGCGCCCCCUCCACGGCUCACUGCCUGGAACCCAACCUCUCUCAGGCGGCGACGACUUGCUUGAUCUGA